AUGAUAUUACGUGGAGAGGUUCGAUUAUAAGGGGCCGGGCCCGGGCUUCACUUUGGGCCCGGUGUGGAUUAUCUAACCCGGCCCUGGUUCCAUUGUCACCUUCUCUUCAAGCUUCUCUUUAAGUAGCAUGCACCUCUUGUAGUCGAGACCAUGCAAGUUGUUGUUAAAAUGUCACAGCUAAUCCUCCUUUUUCUGAUAAACAAGUUCGUGGAUGCUGUUAACGAGGAAACUACAUCCAACUUGCCCUACAAAAGCAUGUUUUUGAAGAUCAAGGAUGAUCUAAAAAAGGUCAGCAACUGGAUCUCUAAUGAUCCAUCGAUUCUCUCCGAAGUAAAGACCGAAGGUCCAUCCGCUCUCUCCAAAGCAAAGACCGAAGAUCCAUCUGCUCUCUCCAAAGUAAAGACCGACGAUCCAUCUGCUCUCUCCGAAGAAAAGACCGAUGAUGCAUCUGCUCACUACAAAGUAAAAGCUGACGAUUUACGAGAGUCUAUGUACAGCCUAGACGAGAUCUUGAGGGAGUGCCUGAUGCUGUCCAAGAAGCGCAAGGAGAGGGGGAAAAUCUGCAUGAAUUUGUAUUCUCCCCACGAGCUGUGCACUCUAAGCAAGUUCAAUGAGAAAUUGCAAAAGAUCAAGCAGUAUCUCCACGGCAUCCGGAGUAAUAUACCGCCUGGGCUGGAGGAUUCCAUCCGCGGUGGUGCACCAGACACAAAAGAAAAACGUCUUCAAUGGACUUCGAGCGCCAUCGACGAGACUAAGAUAUAUGGGUGGGACAAGGAUGUGGAGGAGAUCAACAAGGAACUCAUCAAGGAGGGCACCGAUCUCAACAAAGUCGGGAUCGUCGGCAUGUUUGGCAGUGGAAAAAGCACAUUGGCCCAGAAGAUAUUCGUGAGCGAGGACGUGCUCGACACCUUCCCGCUCAGAUUAUGGGUGUGGGUCUCGCCACAAUGCACAAAAGAAGAGCUCGUUCGUAGGAUGCUUGAUAAUCUUGGAGUGGAAGAGGAGGAAAUCGAAAAGACUCUCGAGAUCGAUCCGACCAAGAACAAGAUCGGCGUGUUGCUGUUCAUCCUCUACCUCCAGCUGCUAGACAAGAGGUAUCUCAUAGUGUUUGAUGACGUUUGGAACCUCGAUGGUUGGUACUGCAACUUGCAAGAUGAACCACCCGAAGAUAAGGAGUGGGACCAUUUGGCUCAUGGGCUGCCAAAGGGUAACGGGAGCGCGAUCAUCAUCACGAGUAGGAAGGAAGACGAUGCGAGGAAGAUGGUCGGCAAGGGGAAGAUAUAUACUCCCAAACCUCUUAUAGGAGAUGAUGGGUGGACCUUGUUUAAGAGCGCAUUUGAAGAAGAGGUGAAUACGUUACCGGCUGAAGAUGCGAAGACGUUGACCCUUGAGUCGUUGAAAGACUUGAAACAGGAGAUCACUAUCAAGUGCGGUGGCCUUCCGUUGGCAUUGAUCACAGCCGGGAAGGAGAUGGUCCAUGAGAAAUUGAAGACGGAACGGGAGAAUGUUGGGAUGGAGAUGUUGCAAUAUGUUAAACUGAAAGAUAAGAAUCCUGUUCAAGAUGAAGCGCAAGCUGAGAAACAGAAAGACAAGGCCACUGUUCGUGAUGGAGAGCAAGCUGAUAAACAGAAAGGGGAGGACACUGUUACUGGGGAAGGCUCCGGCCACUCUGUUCGUGAUGGAGCACAAGCUGGGAAACAGAAAGCGGAGGAUGAUCAUAUUUCUGAGGAAGGAUCUUCUCACGCUGAUCGUGAUGGAGCAGAAGCUCAGAAACAGAACGUGGAGGAGGGUGUUGCUGAGGAAAGCUCCAGGCAAACUGUUCGUGAUAGAGCUCAAGCUGAGAAAAAGAAAGAAAAGGUUGAGAAAAAGAAAGCGAAGGAUGCUGUUGCUGAGGAAAGCUCCGGGCAAACUGUUGGUGAUAGAGCGCAAGCUGAUAAAAAGAAAGAAGAAGCAGAGAAAAAGAAAACAGAGGAUACUGUUGCGGAGGAAGGCUCUGGUCACGCUGUUCGUGAUGGAGCUCAAGCUGAGAAACAGAAAGCGGAGGAAGGCUCUAGUCAUGCCGUUCGUGAUGGAGCUCAAGCCGAGAAACAGAAAGUGGAUGAUGCUGUGGAAGAAGGCUCCGAUCACGAUGGCUGAUUCAUUAUGCUAUUUGCGUUUCGAUUAGCUGUUUUCAUUUACAUUUGCUUUUCGCUUUCAUCUGAUGGAUUGUUUGGCUUGUAAUCUUAUCAGAUCGUCGACAAAACGAUCUAUGUUAGGGGUUUUUUUUUUUUUUGGUGGGUUGAUUGUGUGAGUUUCUUUGUAGGCAUUUGCAUUACUUUAAUGAAAGACGCGUUUGGAUGUGCAAUUGAAUUGAAUCUUGCAUACUCAAGAGAAGAUCAGAAACACAAGCUGCUUCCCGUUUCCUUGAA